AUAAAAAUCUAUUGAUAUUGUACCGUGCCAACAAAUUAUUAUGUUAAUAAGCUCAACUACGAUGAUGACUUAUAUCCAAUUAUUGACGGUUGUGCUGUGCUCUUGUUUCUUACAGGUAAUUAUUACUAUAAUAUGCAUAACACCAAUAUCAUUUACAUAUUAUUUGUACAUAUAAUAUUAAUACAUAUAGUCAGAAUUAUAAACAUGUCAAAAAUAUGCAAGACUAAAAAAAACGAUAUAUGUAUAUUAGAGCCUUUAAGUUGUAGAUGUGAUUUAUAGAAUAUUUGGACAUAUGGUUUUUUGACUGUAAACCCAAAUUGCCUGAUAAAAAAAUUAGAUAUUUUUCCAUAAGUAAUUUUUAUUUUGGCAUUAUUGCCUACGAUUACUAAUUUAUUAUUACAAUCAUUAUUGCCAUUAUAAAUUAUGAUCAAAAUAGGCAAUAAUUUAAAAUAAUUAAAUAUUCCUCUAUAAUAGAAGGAAAUAUGACCACGGAAAAAAAUUUUCAAUAUUUCCUAUGCCUAUGAUUACCUAAACUUUUUGACUUAAAAACGUUUUGGUGUUUUCAAAAUUGUAAUUGUUUAGAUUUUGAGUAUAGCGAGGAAUGUAAUGGCUUUACAAUGAUGUUUAUAUUUUUAUUUUUUUUUAAUAUCUGUGAACAACUUUUUUACUAGCAAUUUUGUUCCGAUUUGCAAUGAUUGCACUUUUUCUAAACGAAAAUCUUACUGGGGUGGUACUUUAAGGAGGUCAUUUUUUAAUUUCAAAAGUUUUAUUUAAUCAGAAGUUUUCCCAAUAAAUGUAAAAAAACAUUGAAAAACCAUAGGGUAAUCGGGAAAAUAGGUAGGUACAAUAUUAAACAAAUAUUAUUAAAAAAUAUAUAUAAUGCAUAUGCAUAUGUAUUAUUUUACCAUAAUAUGAUACAUAUAUCAUUGACAAAGCAACAAUAUCAACUGAAUUCCACUCAGAAUCGUUUUUCCAUAGCAACGAUUAAUCAUUGCGUACAAAUUUACAUUAAAUUUCCCUUCUAUUACCUUUUCAAAUUCUCACCUACAACAGUCACCCAUCCACGUGUGAGGUAUAUCCGUCUUUUUAAACUUACAAUUUUACAACCUCAUACUAUAAAUAUAGUUAAUUUUAUUUAUCUUUAGAAUAACUAUACUAUUUGGAACCUUCAAAACCUAUAAUAAUAAUAAUAAUAAUAAUUAUAUAAUUAAUAAGUAAUUCUAUAAUUAGGUAACAAUAUAAAAUAAUUGAAUCAAAAAAGAGCUCAGAAAUUUAUACUAUUUUUACCUUGGAUAUGGUUGGUUGAUGAAUGAAUUCGAUAAAAAAAAAAAAAAAAAUAUCGGCAUCGUUAAAAUUAUUCUUGUCAGUGAUGGAUUUACGGAGGGGGUGGCCAGGGCUUCUGAACCCUCCAGACACCGAUAUAAUUUCAAUAAAAUGUCGUCUAAAAAAAGGCAUCUAUUAACAAAAACGUUUAAAAUACAUAUCAUUUUCAGGACCCUUUCCAGAAAAUUGUUGAAAAUCUGUCACUGAUUCUGUUCUUUAAAAUUAAUAUUAUGUUUAUGUACACUUAUACCACAUCAGUCAUGAUCUAUAAAGAAAAUUUCACUUCAACGAAUCUACUUUAUUUCAACUACUGUCGAUUAAAAUGUUACAAAUUGGAAUAAUGAUUGGUAAAUAAUAUAAUCAUUAGUCAAUUCGAUUUUAUAAAUGUGAUACAUAAGAUUGCUAUAUUCACGUGAGUAAAUGAGCCAUUGUUAAUUAUUAGGUACAAUAAUAUAAUUAGGAUGGAUCAAAUAUUACAAAGAUUACAGUUACAAUAACUUAACAGUAACAUCAUGAUCAAUUAAAAAUAAAAAUAUGAACAUUUAUAUAUUAUAAUCACUAUAUUCAUUUUUACAAUUUUUAUUAGGUAUAUAUUUUACAUAAAUUAUAAAUAUAAAUGCGCCAAAAUGUUUUGGUCUGAUAGAGGCGUACCUAUUCCGAGUUGUAGCUCCUAAGAAUGAAAUGCGGAGAAAUCGUGUAUAAUUUUAUUAUCUUUGACGAAAAUGGUUAUUCUGCAUUCCUUAUUUUGACAAAACGUAUACACGUUAUUUACGUUAGUCCGUUAAAAUCAACCAGUUUCUCUCGCUAGUAUAAUGAUCUCUUCGUUUUAAUCCUAAUCAAGUGGCAUCAGACAUUCUCAUUUCGCCCUCCAUAACUUGAUCACGCUAUGUUUCCUAAUCUAUUCCGUAUGCUCUCAAAAUAUCUCAUCUAAUAACCAGUUCUAGCCUAUUUUAUUUUAUAUUAUCCGUUAGAUAUACAAAGCUGGCAAAUGUUACUAUGGAUCAGUAGCAGAUCCGGGGAGGGGGGUUGAUAGGGCGAUUGCCCCCCCCCGUUCACUCUCCAAUAUACUCUUAGCUGCAUUAUAACUUGAUUAAUCAUUGAACUCGUCAUAAAUGUAUACUUUAUAUGCAUUUUUAAAAUCGCCCACCUCAUUAUCUUGUCCUGGAUCAGCCCCUGCUGUGGACGGGAGUUUUAGAGAACACCACAAUACCCGCGUGUGCUGUUUCCGUCAUCAAACACAUGACAUAACAAAUUUGCAUUCAGCAGAAACAUUAUCAAAUUUAAAGAACUACGUAAAUUUUUUCUAUAUUUUUAUUUUUGAGCGAGAUAUAAGCGUUCUUAAAUACUUCACAUAGGUACUCAUAUCUAACUUAACAAUUAAUAAAUUUAGAUGAAUUUAAAUAUGUUUUAUCUUUAAGUUUGAUAAUAGAUCAAUUCACUCUAAUAUUAAAACUAACAACAUAGGUCAUAGAGUUCAGUGGCGUACCUAAGCCUUUUUUACGAGUAGGGAGGGGCGAAAUAUAUUUUCACCCACUCUUAAAAUAGAAAAUUCUUUAAACAAAUUACAUCAUAGCUACAAACAUUUUAUUAAUAGUUGCGGGAAUUGGGCUCUUUUAUAUUUGUAAAAUAUAACAUUUUAAUACAUAAAAUAAGACAUUUUUAUUUAAUUAGCUAUAAAAAUGUAUAUUUUUAAUUUAAAAUACAAAAUCUAAUCUCUGGUUUUUCAUAGAAGAGAAUUUUUUAAUGAUAUCACCCACUGGUAUAAUUAUUUCUUGGUAAAUAUGCAACAGUGCAAGCCCGCAUAAACGAUCCUGGCCCAUCCUGACAUCAAAAAUAUUGACCCAUUUUGACCCUAGAUAACAAAAAUAUUUUAAUAUCUAUAUGAAUUUGACCGUGUUAUCAUAUUAUUAAUCAUUUCAUAAAAAAAAAAAAUUAAAAUAAUUUCAAAAACACUAAAAACAAAUAAUUACAAUGUAUAAUUAUACAGCCCACGGAGUGGAAGCAAAUACCCCUCUCAACCCUUUCCCAUAGACACACCACUAAAAGAGUUAUCCCUGCUAAACGCAAAUUUACUACCUAUAUUACAUGUGUUAGUAAGACGUAGACAGCACACGCAUGCGUUCUCUUAGUAGCUGGUACCUAAUUAACUUGCCUAUAUUUUUUUGAUGCUUACACGUACUCCGUAGUAUGACAGGAUUUUCAAUUUUAUUAUCAGAUUCACAUAAAUGCUGGUGAUAACGAUAUAACGAAUGAAUCGAUACCUUGCAACGUUGACCGGUGUGAAAAUAAUACGCUGUGUGUACAUUCAAAGUACAUUUUAAAUUUUACAAUAAUAGACACGAGGGUAUUAUUUUAAUUAUUAUUAUAGUUACACCUAGCAUUAGCUUCAUCAAAAAAAUGUGUUUUUUUUUUUUUUAGAUUAGUUUUUCCAGGAUUGUUUUUUCAGAUAUAGACAGUUCAAAUAAUUUACACUUACGAAAUUUUUGGUUCGCGAAAACUGACAAUUUAGAAACCUUUCACCCCUUCUUAAAUUUUUAAAACGAUUUCAAGGGUAUAUUUUCUAUUUAAUAUUUAAUUAUAGUAUUAUAGUAUGAGUUAUAACUGUUCAUUUGUUGAUGAGAAAUAGAAUAACUACCUACAUUUUUUAUUUUAUUUGUCCAGUCAAGCACUUCCCAUACUUGAUUAUCGAUAAUUAAUAUACCUAUUGCUAAGUCAUCGUGGAAAAAAAUUAAGAGUUUAAAGAAUGCUCUACAGUGUAUACACAUUGUCCUCUAAAUAUUCCUAUAUUCAUCAAUAUUUCCUCGUCUACUCCAUGUGUCUUUAUAAUUCCCCUAAAAACCUUUAGUUACUUUUGUUUCAGCAGCCUACCUCUCCCAGAUUUCCAUCUACAAUUUAGAUUCUACAUGAUUAAAAACAUCGCGAGAUUAUACGCUACAGUAUACAGUUUAUUUACCGAGAUAAUUUCGUAAUACACGCGGUUUUCACACUGUGUUUCAGGAUGCAAUCACGUCGGACGUUUCCGUCACGGUAGAACCCACCAAAUAUCCAAACCUGACCAGGGUGAGUAACGAGUUCUGGAAGAGCUGGGAAGACAUAAAUCGUGCCAGUCGGCUUGGGAAAUUAGGCACGAGGUCAGUAAGAAACACCGUGGAAUCUGUGCUCAACAGCCCGGCGUUUUGGUCCUCACUGCAACGCGUAAUUAAUAGACGCGUUAGGAUGACCACCGACAAGGAAGACGCAAAUAGACAGAUAAGGACUUACGACAUAAUAGCUGAUGUACUGACGAACCCAGCUGCCAUCAAAGGGUUCCAGGUCAUGGUCGCCGACUUAUACGACUCGGCCAUUCAGUAUGACCCGAGCUUACAGCAGCAGUACGACACCGUCGCAAUCCAGAAAGCUCUGCAGACGAUUUUUAACGCCGUCAACAGCGGUGCGGUUAAAAAUAAGGUGGACAUGGUCAAGAAAUACGUGGACGACAAAUUCAACCCGUCCCCAGAGGUUCUGUGCGAUAGCUUCCGGGCGUUCAAGAAUUCCCUGAACGUGGGUGGAAUGAUAUUGAUCAACGACAGUAUGGCCACCAACAUUUUAACCACCAUGUCCAUCUUAGAGGAGAUCGCGCGUAGUCGUAAAUCAGCGUUACCAAUAAAAUCAACAACGCAAACCGUAAAACGUAUUACGUAAUAUAAAUAUUGACUAGUUAUUAUUUAUGCCUACCAAAUACACAUAAAUUAUAUACAUAUAUUAUUUAUAAAAUAACUGUUCGUUACAAUUUCAAUAUUUUUAAAAUAUUAUAAUAAAUACAGUAAAUUUAUACAGGUG